AUGCUUGAUUAUAUCAAAGAAAAGAAUAAUAUCAUCAUUACAAAAUAAAAAUCAAUGAAUUCACUUUAAUAAAGUAGUGAAUCUAGUCCAAUAAAUCUCUUAGAUAACCAUAACAAAUAAAGAUUUCCAAUCAUCUCAAAUGCAUAAUUAAAAUAUGCCAUUGAGUCUAAUUAUUUAGAACCUAAUCAAAAACAUACUAUCAUUAGAAAUCCUAAUUAAUUAACAGUAUUUCAAAUCCAAUUUGAUACAAACUCUCCCAGAACUCAAGCAGCUAUGGAAAUGCUUAAAUUAGAAGUGGAUGAUCUUAAUGUAUUAUAGUAUACAGACUUUUGUUAAAAGAAAUAGAAUGAUCUUUAAAACCUCAUUUAAUAUUUACAAUAUGUGUCUAAAAAAUAUCAAAUAUUGAAUGAUCUUUUAAAACGUAGAAAUCAAAUCAAACAUAUUCAAUCGUAAGUUACAAAACAUUUAAAUUCUAAAGAUAUCAAGAUUAAAGAUUAAUCUUUAAUUGUUGAAUAAUCUGAAACUAAGAAAACUCAAAUAGAAGAUCCAUAAAUAUCUAUAAUUUUGAAUGCAGAACAAAAGAAGGAAUUAUUUGAUAAAAAGGUAAAUAAAGAAUCUGAUAAUUAUAACAAGUAAAUUAUUAUCAAUAUAAAUAGAUUUCUUAAUAUUGUUUAGGAUUAGAUUAAUAAAUAAGAAGAAUAUUAUAGUAAAACAGCCCCAGAAAUUUACUAAAAAGCUGAAUAACUUAAAUAAAAAUAAUUGGAUUAAAUUAGAAAGAAAUUAAAAAGAAAGAAUUUAAAAGUAAAUGAGAUAUGUCAAAAAAAUAGACAUGAAGAAUAAUUAUAAUAUAAAUAACAUAAAAAAAUUGUUAAAAAAUUAGAAAAAAAUCUUGAUUAACAUUUUGAGAGAAAAUAAAAAUAACUUUUAUAAUCUUAAGAGGAAUUAAUUGAAUAAUUAAAAAAAAGAGAAGAAAAAGAAAAAGAAAGAUAAUUAAAGAGAUAAAUGUAAAUAAGUUUAGAGUAAAGUAUGAUUGAAUAAGUUAUGGAUUCAAUGAAAAAGAAAUCUGAUUAUUUGAAUGAUUACUUAAAUAAAAAAUAAUUAGAAGAUAGAAGAAAAUAAAAUUAAAGUUUAAAGAUUUUUGAAGAAAAAUAAAAAAAAUUAUAAGAAUCUUCUAUUUAAAAAGAAAAUGAAUAUGUUCAAAUGUAUUUUAGUAAAUCAACAUAACGAUAAGUAAUUUUAUAAUGAAUAUUAAUUAGAUAUAAAUUAAUAAACAUGAAAUUUCAUAAAUCAAAUAAUAAAAAAGUCUAUCCAUGAAAAAUAGUAGGAUUAUAAAAAAAUAUGAAUAAUAUUAAGAAUCCCUAGAUUAACAAAGAUCUGAUUCUCUUAUUUCAAAACUUCAAAAAGCUGAUGAUAAACUUGAAAGUGGUUUAAAAAGGUAUUUUUAAUUAUAUUAUAAUUAGACAUUAAUCUUUGUUAGAUUUAAGAAAAUAAAAUAUAUAAGAAAAAAAUGAAUAUCGUUUUAAAUUAGCUAAAGAAAAAUAAAUGGAAAAUAUGUUGGAAAAAAUACAUAAAUAAAAUAAAAUAUUAGAAAAAAAUCUAGAGAUAUCUCAAAAAAAUGAUAAAAAUAAAUAAGAAUUAGAAUUUUUAGAGAAAUAUAAAAAAGAAAUAAUGUAAGAUAAAGUAAUAUAAAGAAACUAAAUGAUAUAGAAAUUAUAAUCUUGA